GGUAUAUUCUCUAUAAUAGUAAUGUGUAUAUAUGUAAUAAAUGUAAGUUUUCAUUUUUAAUAUUUUACUCCUCAAUUUUAUUUUCAUAUUGAAUAUUGAUUGAUAAUUAUUACGUGUUUCUUAAAAUACAUCCUAAAAGUACAAUAAAACCACAACUCGAUUUCAGUGAAGCUCUUUAAUUAUAUAGAAGAAGAUAAAUAUUAACUCAAAAUGAUACGAGUAGAAGAUAGUCUUUUAAAAUCAUAUUUAACUAUGUAUAAAUUUCCUGAAAAUACAAAAAAAGAAAUUAUAAAAACAUUAAAUUAUUAUCAUGGACUCAUUUGUAAUUUUGAGACAUUUUUGUUUUCAAAUAGGAUUGAAAAGAAAUUAGUUAAUCUGAGUGGUACUAUUCCCGUUACAUUUAAAGGCACUACUUAUCACAUUCCAAUUAGUAUCUGGCUAAUGGAUACACAUCCAAAUAAUGCACCAAUCUGUUAUGUGAAACCUACAAUGGAUAUGCGAAUUAAAAUGUCAAUGUAUGUUGAUCAUAAUGGUAAAAUUUAUUUGCCAUAUUUACAUAACUGGACUCCGACUACGUCCAAUCUUCUCGAUUUAAUUGGAGUAAUGACGGCAACUUUUUCAGAAACACCACCUGUAUAUUCAGUUGUUAGAACUGAACCAUCUGUAAAUCCUGUUACUUAUCCUACUCAAAUACCAUACGGCGGCACUGGUUCUAAUGUGAUGUUGCCAUAUCCUUCAAUACCAACAUCGUCUACUGCUACUUCUAAUCCUUCCACAACAUACCAUGGCAAUUCUAAUACUCCUUAUCCUUUGUAUAAUAAUCAGUUUCCUACACCUUCGCCUUAUCCAACAGGUUCCACAAAUACUUCAAAUUUUCUACCUUAUACUCCAUCAUAUACAACACAAAAUUCUUCACAGAACUGUCCAUAUCCACAGCAACCUUCAUCAGCUAGGCCAGAAUAUCCUCCUUACCCACCAACUGCUAGUAAUUUACCAAAUACUUCUACCACAGGGUUGAAUGAUGGUGGUACUAUUACUGAAGAACAUAUCAAAGCUUCUUUAUUAUCUGCUAUUGAAGAUAAAGUACGAAGGCGCUUUAAUGAACAAAUGGCCCAGAAUAAAGCCGAAUUAGAUAUAUUGCAACAUUCUCAUCGAGAAUUAUCACUUGGAAAAAAUAAAUUAGACUCUAUUUUGACAAGUCUCAAUAAAGAAAAGUCUGAAUUAGAACAAAACAUUCAAGUAUUGCGUGAUAAAGAAUUAGAACUUGAAAUGGCUAUUUCCAAGUUAUCUAAAGAAGAUAAUAUUGAUAUUGAUGAUGCUGUAACUACAACUGCACCUCUUUAUAAACAAAUAUUGAAUGCAUUUGCUGAGGAAGCUGCGACUGAAGAUGCAAUUUAUUAUAUGGGAGAAGCAUUAAGAAGAGGUGUGAUUGAUCUUGAUGUAUUUCUGAAACAAGUACGUUCUUUGUCUCGUAAACAAUUUAUGUUGCGAGCUUUGAUGCAACGAUGCAGGCACAAGGCUGGUUUAGUGGCUUAAUUCAAAGAAAAUAAACUAAUAAGAUUCAAGAUAAAAUUUACAAAAUAAGAUGUUUAAUUUCUACAGAUAAAUAAAAUGAGGUAAAACAUUUUCAGUAUAUAUAAUGAUAUAUUAUAACACUACUUCUGUUAUUUGUUUUGUAACAGUAUAUUUUCUUCUGUUAACUAUUGCAAGUAGUAGAUACUAGAUAUCAACAAUUUGCUGAAUUUUGUUAGUCUCAAAUAACAUUUUAUCAACCAAAUCAUUUUAAUUUUAAUGUUUUAUUAUUACUGUGCACAGAGUUGAUAUUUUAAUCAUUAUAUCUUUUGAAUAAUUAUCAUUUCAUUUUAAAUUCUAUUUUACUCCUUAAGUUUUAAUAUAUAACAUACUAUCAAUUUUACGUUUUGUCAUGAUACUUUGUUGUAAGAAAAGAAAGUAUUUCUUAUAUUAUAUGAAACAACAUUAAAGCUAAAAAUACAAUUAUAUUGAAGUAUAAGAUAUUAAAUUAUUAUUAUUAAUUGUAUACAGAUCAAAUCCACAAAAUAUAUUUAAUUUUAAAAUUGAUAUAUAUGUAUUAUAUUAUUUUUCCACAUGUAUAAAUUCAAUAAUUUUUUUUUAUACAAUUUUUUAAUAUUUUGAUACUGUUAUACUAAACUAAUACAGCUAAAAAUAUACAAUAGGUAAUAGGUGUACCUUAUUUUAUCAACCAAUAAAAUAAUGGACUUAUACAUGUGUGAGUAUGGCCCAAAGAAAUGAUUAGUUGUAUUAAAUGUUUAAAAUUUAUUUUAGAGAUAUGUUAACUAAAUUAUUUUAUAUAAGUAUUUCAACUCAUAAAGAUUUAAUCAUCUAAGGAAUGAUACUACUUUAUUCAUAUUAAUUAACCUAUUAUAUUUUUAGUUCAGUUAAUAAUAUUGAAUUGGCCAUUUAUAAAUUAUUAUUAAAAUAUUCUUAUAUUAUUGUUUUAGAUUAUUAUGCUUAUAUUAAAAUAUAAUAUAACUUAUACAAUUAUGUGUAAUAUAAAGAAAUUAUAAACCAAUAUAUAUAAAUAUUUUUAUUUUAA